AUGGAGGGUCAAAACAAUAAGGAAAUGUCAUUCGGAAAUCAGAAUGCCAAUGUAGUGGAUGUUCAUUUGCAAAAUGCAACAAUGAGUGGUUUGGAACCGUUUAGCGGUGAUUAUUUGGAUGCUGGGCGCGACAUGCCAUUGUUGCAUUCGACGCCCGUGAAUACAGAACAUUUAAUUACAAGCAAUACGUUAAUUACAGUAGACGUAACUAAUGGCACCUCGAGGCAAGAGAAUAUUUUAAAUGAGAGUAGUACGCGUAGUACGGACGCAGAUGCUGACAGGCAUAGGCCGGAAGUGAAUACGGAAGAUAUGCAAGCCUUAUUUCGAGCCUUAACAGAAUCCAUACAAAGAAGCAUGAAUGCAAUGAAAGCAGACAUAAAUUCAAAAAUGUCGUGUUUAGAGACUAAAAUGUCAAGUUUACAAACGAUACAAGCAGACAUGACUAAUAUGAAAGCAGACAUGACCACAGUAAAGUCCGAGAUCGAGAAGGUUAAUACAAACAUGACACACAUUUCAGACGAGGUAAAAAAUUUGCGCACUGAACUCAAUAGUCUGGACACGAAGUUCACACAGCAGAUUUCACAAACCUCCACGGAGGUGGAUAGGAAAAUUAAUGAACAAGUACAAAUUUCGGUUCACGAUAUGGGUGAGAAAUUAAAAGGCAUAAUGGGCGAAAAAUUUGAAACACUAACACACACGUACCAACAGGAGCUAUCCGGAAUUAGAGAAACCCAAGAGAAUUUACAGGCAAUGCAAAAGAAUACGCAGGUCAACUUAGACAAUUUACAAUCAGAAGUAGCGAAACUACAUUCUUUCUGUGACGACCUGCCAGAAAAUGUAGAAAAAAUCACAUUGGAGGUAGGAUUACUCAAGUUAGAACACAAGAGGAUCAACUCAGACAGCGUGCAGCUUUAUGAAUCGGUAAAAAGCAAUGCAAAGGACGAAAAUCCAGCGUUCGCAGAAAAAUGCGUACGUGAACAGCGUACCUAUGUGGAAGCUGUAAAGGAAGUAAUGGGGGACAAGGAAGAAGAGAUCUUAAAACGCAUAGGACAUGAUAUCAGACAGUUAGAACAACGGUUAAGAGACGAAAUAGUUAACAAACAGGGUACGGUAAUAUGA